AUGGGACAGCCCCCACGCCCAAGCAGUCCAGCAACCACCAACUGGUCUCAUGGCAGACAUAGGUGUCCAGCAAUCCCCAGUUUGGCAAACCUGUUGUGCUGGACAACCAACAGUAUUCCUUCAGUGGCGCCUAUAAUCCUGGCUAUGUUAAAUUUACAUAGGCAGAUCCAGUACUUGUUUGGUAGAUUGCUACUUGUUGAAAUAGUUCCAGGUGAUUAUUUCAUUUGAGUUCUCCGAUACUUAUAGUAAGUUUACAGUGUAUAAGGAAGAUUUAAAUUCAAAGUUAAUCAACAAAAUGAGAUAUUUGUAUUCCUCAAAUUAACACAUUUUAGCUCAGCGUCAACCUAAUCAUUGGAUUCUAUCAGACAAUUUGUUUGAACAAAAAUAUUUUCAUCAUAAUAGUUAUCUUCUUUAUAUCAACUCAUCAUUUCCAUGCCAGAGGAGUCAUGGAAUUGAACAUUACAGUCGGUCACAUUUUCUUUCAUUUUCUUUGCUGCCUGGUAAUGGCUCAGAAGGGCCUGAAACUCUCCUACCUUGAAGCCCUUGUUGUCGAGAUUUUGAGUUUGACUGUCAAGGAGCUAUUUGAUUCCUACAAACAGGCACCAUUUACCUUGAAAAUAGAUGUACUUUCUAAUGUUUUAGAUCACCCUGGUGUGGGUAAAGUGUUCAACCUCAUGGGGUCUGGUGCUAAGGGAUUUAAGUGGUGUGAAAUAAAAGAUAAGUGUCACCUAGGAUAA